AUGGCGGUGAAGGAGGAUGAAAAGCACAUCCACCCCACCCUGAGGCACAGGAUCCCUGAAAGUGCCACCAGGGAGACCCAGGGCGAGCCUGGAACUUAUUUCAUGAGAGACCCAUGCCUAUGGUCCCUCAGUGUGUGCGCAGACAGGCUGGGUGGAGGUUUCGGGGUUGGGAUGGCUAUGGGGUCACGAUCCUCUGCUCGGGGCUUCGGUGUCCUUGUCAUCAGUCUCCUGGUCAUGAACGUCCUGCUUUUUGUUCCAGGAGCGGUGGCUGACGAGCUGAGGUUGGCGGAUGGAGAGAGCCCGUGUGAAGGGCGUGUGGAGGUGGAACAUGAAGGACAGUGGGGGACAGUGUGCGAUAUUUGGUGGGACUUGAAUGAAGCGGCUGUGGUAUGCAGACAGCUGGGUUGUGGGCCAGCGGUCAGUGCCCCUACUAGGGCCAAAUAUGGACCAGGGUCUGGGCGCGUUUGGAUGGAUGGUCUGGUCUGUCGUGGGACAGAGGAAGCUCUCUGGAAUUGCUAUCCCCAUAUGUGGAGACAGUAUAAUUUCUGUAACCACACACAGGAUGCCGGAGUGCAGUGCUCAGGGCCUCCACAGCUCCGCCUGGCGGACGGAGGCGGGCGCUGCGCCGGCCGCGUGGAGAUCUUCCUCGACGGGAGCUGGGGCAGCGUAUGCGACGACUCUUGGGACGUGAGGGACGCCCAGGUGGUGUGCCGCCAGUUGGGCUGCGGGGUGGCCCUGAGCGCCCCCGGGGCCGCCCGGUUCGGGCCGGGGGCCGGGCCCAUCUGGCUGGACGAGCUGCGCUGCUCCGGGAACGAGUCGCACCUGUGGCAGUGCCCGUCCGGGGGCUGGGGCCGCCACGACUGCGGGCACAAGGAGGACGCGGGAGUGCAGUGCUCAGAGUUCCUGGACCUCAGGCUGGUCAGCGACACCUGGACCUGUGCCGGGCGUCUGGAGGUUUUCUACAACGGGACAUGGGGUGGUGUAUGCAGCAACUCCAUGCAGGAUGUCACCGUGUCCGUGAUCUGCCGGCAGCUGGGCUGUGGGGACAGCGGAACGCUAGAGUCUCCUGGCACCUAUGGGAAAGGGUCUGGGCCUUGGUGGGUCGACAAUGUCAAUUGCCGACCCGGUGACCCCACCCUUUGGGAGUGCCCGUCCGAUCCCUGGAGCGAGAGCUCCUGCUCUCAGGAAGAGGAAGCCCAAAUCAAGUGUGCAGAAGAGAAGAAAAUGCAGUGCCCAGGAUCUGCCGCGUGCUCUGAGCGACACAAGAUCCGUUUGGUAGGGGGGGAGAACAAUUGCUCGGGACGUGUGGAAGUGUGGCACAAUGGCACCUGGGGCACAGUGUGCGAUGACUCCUGGGACCUGGCGAAUGCGGAGGUGGUGUGCCGGCAGCUGGACUGUGGCUCGGCCGUGGCCGCCCUUGGGGAGGCCGCGUAUGGUCCGGGCACUGGGCCCAUCUGGCUGGAUGAGGUGGCAUGCAGGGGCCGAGAGGACUCGCUGUGGGACUGCCCUGCAGAGCCGAGGGGGCACAGUGACUGUCAACACAAGGAGGAUGCGGCCGUGAAGUGCUCUGGGCCUCCACAGCUCCGCCUGGCGGACGGAGGCGGGCCCUGCGCCGGCCGCGUGGAGAUCUUCCUCGACGGGAGCUGGGGCAGCGUAUGCGACGACUCUUGGGACGUGAGGGACGCCCAGGUGGUGUGCCGCCAGCUGGGCUGCGGGGUGGCCCUGAGCGCCCCCGGGGCCGCCCAUUUCGGGCCGGGGGCCGGGCCCAUCUGGCUGGACGAGCUGCGCUGCUCCGGGAACGAGUCGCACCUGUGGCAGUGCCCGUCCAGGGGUUGGGGCCAACACGACUGCGGGCACGAGAAGGACGCGGGAGCGCAGUGCUCAGAGUUCCUGGACCUCAGGCUGGUCAGCGACACCUGGGCCUGUGCCGGGCGGCUGGAGAUUUUCUACAAUGGGAUAUGGGGGGGCGUGUGCGGCAACUCCAUGAAGGAUGUCACGGUGGCCGUGAUUUGCCGGCAGCUAGGCUGUGGGGACAGUGGGACGAUAGAGUCCCCUGGCACCUAUGGGAAAGGGUCCGGGCCAUGGUGGGUUAACAAUAUCAAAUGCCGACCCAGUGACCCCUCCCUCUGGGAGUGCCCGUCUGAUCCCUGGAGCGAGAUGUCCUGCUCUCAGGAAGAGGAAGCCCAAAUCAAAUGUGCAGUGGCUGACGAGCUGAGGCUGGUGGAUGGAGAGAGCCCAUGUGAGGGGCGCGUGGAGGUGGAACAUGAUGGACAGUGGGGGACGGUUUGCGAUGACGACUGGGGCAUGGACGAUGCAGCUGUAGUGUGCAGACAGCUGGGAUGUGGGUCUGCAGUCAGUGCCCUUGGUCAGGCCCAAUAUGGAGUGGGGUCUGGGAUCAUUUUGCUGGAUGAUAUGUCCUGCAAUGGUGAUGAGGCGGCUCUCUGGAACUGCAGUCAUGCCGAAUGGGGAAAGAGUGAUUGUGCUCACAGCGAGGAUGCCGGAGUGCGGUGUUCAGAUCACAGACAUUCCCGGCUGGUCGGGCGGACCCAGCUGUGCGCAGGAAGAGUAGAAGUGAUCCAUGGAGACACGUGGGGCUCAGUCUGCGACUCCCACUUCCCUCCGGAGGCCGCCGCCGUCCUGUGCCGGGAGCUGCAGUGCGGGGUGGCCGUCUCCGUCCUCGGGGGAGCCCAAUUUGGAGAGGGCGAAGGGCCAGUCUGGGAUGAAGACUUCCGGUGUGUAGGGAACGAGUCCCUUCUAUUUCACUGCUCUAGAGGGUCCCGUCCAAAGGGGACAUGCGACCACAGCAGGAACGUCGGAGUCGUCUGCUCAAGGUUCACAGGGUUCAGGCUGGAGAACGGCAGCACCUGCUGUGAGGGCAGAGUGGAGCUCCAGGUGGUUGGAUCCUGGGGAAGCCUCUGUGCAGCCGGUUGGGACCUAGUAAAUGCCAACGUCCUGUGCCACCAACUCAGCUGUGGGGUUGCCCUAUCAACCCCUGGACGGACGGAAUUCGGCAAAGCAACCGGCACCGUGUGGAGGGAGAUGUUUCAUUGCUCGGGGUUGGAGACCAGUCUGAGGGAUUGUCCUGUGAUCGCCUUGGGGAUUCCUCUCUGUUCCCGUGAAAAUGUCGCCUCGGUGAUCUGCUCAGGAAACGGGACCUUCCCGUCGCCGCCGUCGCAGUGCAACGCGUCCACGUGGGAGCCGGCCGGGCCCGGGGGCCCGCAAGAGGGCGCUGCAGAGUGCACAGGGCCUCCACAGCUCCGCCUGGCGGACGGAGGCGGGCGCUGCGCCGGCCGCGUGGAGCUCUUCCUCGACGGCAGCUGGGGCAGCGUAUGCGACGACUCUUGGGACGUGAGGGACGCCCAGGUGGUGUGCCGCCAGCUGGGCUGCGGGGUGGCCCUGAGCGCCCCCGGGGCCGCCCGGUUCGGGCCGGGGGCCGGGCCCAUCUGGCUGGACGAGCUGCGCUGCUCCGGGAACGAGUCGCACCUGUGGCAGUGCCCGUCCGGGGGCUGGGGCCGCCACGACUGCGGGCACAAGGAGGACGCGGGAGUGCAGUGCUCAGAGUUCCUGGACCUCAGGCUGGUCAACGACACUUGGGCCUGUGCUGGGCGGCUGGAGGUUUUCCACAACGGGACAUGGGGGAGCGUUUGCAGCAACUCCAUGCAGGAUGUUACCGUGACCCUGAUCUGCCGGCAGCUGGGCUGUGGGGACAGCGGGACGAUAGAGACUCCUGGCACUUAUGGGGAGGCGUCCGGGCCCUGGUGGGUCGACCGUGUCCUGUGCCACACCCAUGACCCCUCUCUCUGGGAGUGCUCGUCUGAUCCCUGGAACGAGAAGUCCUGUCUCCCGGGAGAUGAAGCCCAGGUCACGUGUGAAGGUGACUCCGUCAAAAAUUGUCCAGGCUCUGGUCCCUGUACAGAGAGGGACAAGAUCCGCGUGGUUGGGGGUGAGACCAACUGCUCGGGACGCGUGGAGGUGUGGUACAACGGCACCUGGGGCACGGUGUGCGACGACUCCUGGGACCUGACGAAUGCGGAGGUGGUGUGCCGGCAGCUGGGCUGCGGCCCGGCCCUGGCCGCCCUAGGGGAGGCCGUGUACGGUCCAGGCGGUGGGCCCAUCUGGCUGGACGAGGUGGCGUGCAGGGGCCGAGAAACCUCGCUGUGGGACUGCCCCGCGGGGCCCAGGGGGCAAGGUGACUGCGGGCACAAGGAGGACGCGGCGGUGAAUUGCUCUGGGGACACACGUGUUCGGAGCCUGAGCGGGGCCAAACGUGGUUGCCCGAAACUGACAUUUGGCGGGAAGAGGGAAGGGAGUAAGGACUUUCCAGGCUGUUUGAGGAAUGCCUUUCUCUCCUCGACUCAGACCCUCCCCCUGUCUAUUGCAGGAGCCACAGGGACCAGUGCCACAUCUACCGCCGCCCCAGCCCCUCCACUCUCAAGUUUGAACGCCAGAACCCCUACGGUGGACACCUUCCCCAGGAUCCUGUGCAUCGUGCUGGGAGCCCUGCUCUUCCUCGUCCUGGCCAUUCUAGGGGCUCAGGUGAUGCAGCGGAGAGCCCAGCGUCAAGCUGCCACCGAACGCCAGGAUACUUUCUCCGAGGCCGUGUACCAGGAGCUCGAAUAUGCACUGAUGGGGCAGAAGGACGGGCUGAGCUUCCGAGGCUCCGGGUCCUGGGGCUCGCGUACUCAGCUGCCGUAUUACAAUGUGGACAGCGAGGAGGAGGAGGACAGAGCCAGAGACCCAGACACCAUGCCACCUGAAGCUCUGGCCGAUGGCUACGAUGACGCUGAAAUUCUCAACCCUACGCUAAGCGAUGUGGCUGUUCAGGACCGCUCAGGGAGGGCACUCGGGGCCGUGGAAUUCCAGUUAGGUCAGACUGUGCCAUCCCACGGGGGGUCCGACUACCCUGGGACAGAAGCAGGUGACCAGUCGUUGUCCUCCCAGGACCCGGGUUACGACGAUGCCGAACUCUGUCCAGAACAUCCCGGGGAGAGCAGUUGAGCCCGGAGACCAGCUCCUGUGAUUCUGACCCUGGUUGACCUUGUCUGUCUCCCCAUCCCAAGUGCAGGAGCCCCAACUGGUGUGGGGCUACGUUCUGAGCUGCUUCCAGGGAACUGCCUU